AUGCGGCGCCAAAAAAAGGUCGAGCGCAGUCAAGAGGAGUCCGUCAAGAAAGUGGAAGACAAGGGGCCUAAACCAAAGCCACGCAAGCGUGUUUCUACAGUGCGCAAAGAAGCGGAUGUUGCCUGUGCUGGAACCGAUCCCGAUCCGAGUAACGACGUCACCACUGGCGUCAACAGAGAUACGGGGCCAGGGAGCGCGAGUCUUGCAGUCCAGUCUGUGCAGAUAGAGGGAUCGGCGACAGGGGGAAACCACGGAGGCGAUCCCCGCGCCGAGCAUGCCGCAACCAAGGAGUCCGAGGCGCCGGCAUCGCAACACCAUCUGACGCUGCUCCAGCCGACUGUGGUCGAAGUUUCUGCAGCCGUGCUGGAUAAGGACAAGGUGGGGGAGCACGAGUCGGAGGGGCAGGUCUGUGGCUCUCCUCCUUUUGGUGGACGGGGGAGGCGUAGGCAUAGGAGGAGCGAUGGGGAGGACGAUUAUGACACCGCCGUGCCCGGGGACCUCACCACGCGGGCGAAGAGGCGGCAGACGACACGCAGUGCUGAUGACGCCGGAGGCGCGGAAGUUGGGACAACGCGAGGCGCCAAGGAAGCUAGUGGCAAGGCGGGCGGAAGAGGAGAUGAAGAGGAUGCGGAGGAGGAUGACGCGGAUGUUGGGGAGGAUGAAAAAUAUGAGAAUGAUGGCGGGGAGGACAAAGAGGAGGAUGAGGAUGAGGAGGAGGAGGAGGAGGAGGAGGAGGAGGAGGAGGAGGAGGAGGAGGAGGAGGAGGAUGAGGAGGAGGAGGAGGAGAAGGAGGAGGAGGAGGAGGAGGAGGAGGAGGAGGAGGAGGAGGAACAGGCAGAGGAGGAGGAGGAGGAGGAGGAGGAGGAGGAGGAGGAGGAGGAGGAGGAGGAGGAGGAGGAUGUGGCGCCAGUGAAGGGACGGGGCGGGCGUGGCAGACGGGUGAGUGGUACAGCGAAGGUGGAGGGCCGGACUCGCCCUUUCCGAAAAUGCGGGGCAGUUGAUGCCGCGCACGGCGAAGCAGCGGGCAAACAGAAGGCGCGUAAGGUAAAGGUCGAAAGUCAAGGGGGUGGUAAAAAGCAAGGGAGUCAGGGAGCAAAUGGGGAUGGAGGGGGUGGCCGCGGCAAAGGGGUUCCAAUCGGUGAAAGUGCGGAGCACGAGCGGUUUGUUACACGGGAGGAGUUCCAGGCGCUGCGGUCUGAGAUGUACGCCAUGUUUGCACAGCUCGGCCUGCAUCGUGGAGUACCUGCCAGCUAUGCCGGCGGGUCGGCAGCCCUGCCUAUGGCUGGUACCCCGCCGCCGAUGAGCGCCGUGGACAAGGCACGAGUGCUAGUGUUGCAGGAGACAAACCCGUUACCGGUAUGUGGCGGGCCAGAUGGGGCAAGUUGGGGUUGA